ACAGACAUAAAACCCAUAGUAUCUUUUUUUAAUUUAAACUUUUCUCACUUAUCAUUUGCCUUGUUUCUUGGCCGGCUAAAGCCACACCCACACCCCCUUCCCAUCUCCCAAUCACUUGCCUUUUGUUUUUCACUUUGACCCACCUUUUAUUUCCCAUUAUAAAAUAUCAUAUAUAGAAAGAGAGGGGUAUUCCAUAUGCCCCCCCGCUGCUUGGUUGUUUUCCUGUCGUGAUCUGUGCAUGCUUUUUUUCUGAAACAUUAAAUACAUUUCUCUAUUUAUUCUCCUUUUUUUUCGACUGACGAUAACUUGGGUAUUUUUUUAAAACUGUGUUUUGCAUGGUUGUUUUUAUAAUGCUUCUUUUUUAAGAGUUUAGUAGUAAAUUAGUAAUAUAUAUGGUCCAUGGAAAUGGAGUUGCGGCUUUUGUUGGAGGAAGACAAGGCAUUUGGAGUUUUAUUUUCUUAGCUGUAAAGUUCCACUGUUGCCCACACGCCCCCAUUUAGCCUUUGUCCCCUUGGCUCUUCUCUCUGCUUCUUUUUUAAUGUUUAAGAAGAAUUAUACUGAUUUGCUUUUGAUUUUAAAAUUUUGAUAUUUGGGUUUUUUGUUUUCCCUUUUGUGGGGGGAAGGCAUUUAUUAUAAGAUCCCAAUUCAAAGUUGGGCGUGUUCCCCUUUCUCUCUCAGUCAUGGCACCUGCCAAGGUUUCUGGGUUUUACAAACAUGGAAAUGACUGGUUUUUUAAUGCGGGGUUGCCAAGUGAUUUAACCAUUAUAGUGGAUGGUGUGAACUUCCAUCUUCAUAAGUUUCCUCUCAUGUCGAAAUGUGGGAAGAUCGCUUCCAUCUUUGAAGAACUAAAGAGUACCCACGAUAAGACUUUUACCACAAACCUUGAAGAAUUCCCUGGUGGCCCAGACGCUUUUUUGUUUGCAGCAAAAUUUUGCUAUGGCAUUCGAGUGGAAUUUACAGCAAGAAAUAUAAUAAUGGUCUACUGUGCCGCUGACUUCCUUGAGAUGACGGAUGAGUAUGGGGAAGAUAAUUUACUUUUGAAGUCUGAGAACUUCCUCCACAAAAAUGUACUUCGCAACUGGAAGGAUUGUAUAUUGGCUUUACAAAGUUGCGAGUCAUGCAUGCCGAGGGCAGAAAAGCUCUACAUAUUAAAGAAAUGUUUGAAUGCUGUAUCCAUGAUGGUUUGUACGGAUCCUAGUUUGUUCGGUUGGCCUAUGAUGAUGUACGGUAGCCUACAGAGCCCUGGUGGAAGCAUUCUAUGGAAUGGAAUAAACACUGGGGCGAGAAUAAGAAGUGCAGAAUCUGAUUGGUGGUUUGAAGACAUCUCAUAUUUCAGUGUAGGUUUAUUUGAAAGACUCAUUAAAACAAUGGAAGGAAGGGGUAUAAGAUGUGAACUUCUAGCAGGUGCCAUAAUGUACUAUGCAAGAAAGUUUCUACCAGGUCUGGGCCGAUGGCAGAGCGUGCAGGGUGGCAAAGCCAGGACAGUUGCAAGUUUUAGCCUGACUCCCGUCGCUGUUGAUCAGAAAGUUUUAUUGGAAAGCAUUGAAAUGCUUCUUCCAAAAAAGAAGGGCAAGUCCUUCUGCCGGUUUUUACUUGGACUUCUUCGUGUUGCAUCGAUAUUAGGUGUCAAUCAAACAUGCCAGGAUUCUUUGGAGAGGAGAAUUGGAAUGCAAUUGGAACUGGCUAGCCUCGAUGGUCUUUUGAUUCCUUCAUACUCAGAUUCUGAUACCCUAUAUAAUACUGAUUGUGUUGAACGGAUCGUCCAUCAUUUUGUGUCCUUGGAGUCAGGGUUAACAUUAUUUUCACCACCAUCAUUAGACCUAGAGUCAUCACCAUCAUCUGAACCCUUAAGAAAAGUUGCCAGGUUAAUGGAUAGUUAUAUUGCAGAAGUUGCUUCUGAUGUAAAUUUGAAACCCGGAAAGUUACGUAUUCUUGCAGAGGUCCUUCCAGAAUCUUCAAGACCUUUGCAUGAUGGGCUAUACAGAGCACUGGACAUUUAUUUCAAGGCGCAUCCUUGGCUUUCUGAUGGAGAGAAGGAAAAACUUUGCAAUAUCAUUGAUUACCAGAAACUUUCCGUUGAUGCUUGUGCCCAUGCUUCCCAAAAUGAAAGACUGCCACUCAGAGUCAUUCUGCAAGUCUUGUUCUUUGAGCAGAUGCAUUUAAGAAUGGCUUUAGCCGGCUGUCUCAAUGUCUUGGAAGCUGAAAGUGCCCCUACAGGUCAAGGGGAGAUAGCUGGUAAUGCGACAGCUGGCCAGAUCGUGCAAAGAGAUGGAUGGGUGACAGUUGUACGUGAAAACCGAGUUUUAAAGGUGGAUAUGGAAAAAAUGAGGUCUAGAGUAGGAGAGCUUGAAGAGGAAUUCAGUAAAAUAAAGCAAGAGAUGAAAAGGGUGACAAAAUCACAUAGCUCACUCAGUUCACCCCGUGUAGUUGCCCGGAAAUUUGGAUGCAAGCUCCUUGCAAAAUCCUCAGAUGCUCAAACAGAUGUUGCUGGAAGCACGGGACCAACUCCAAGACCAUCAGUCGAGAAGGCUUGUUCUUCUCGUAAUUCCAGGCAUCGGAAAAGUUUCUCCCUGUUUUGAUAGUUAACACACGUGGAAACUAACAUCAAUGUUUCGACAUAGAAACAGCGGUCCAAAGAAACAAAAAAGGAAAGAAAGAUUGUGUUUUGUUGUUGUAUAGGAAAUAUAGUUUUUGUGAAAAGAAAAAGAGAUUCAUAUCACCUACAGUUUUGGUGUCGCACAUUUUUCUAAUUAUGAAAUCUUUACCAUUCAUGAUUUUGGGCAUAUAAAUUACAUGAAUGGUUAAGAUCUCAUGUGAUGUAGUAGGAGUGUAGGAAAGAAGAUUGUUGGUGACAUGAACCUUAAGCAUCACUUGUUGAAAUAAAUGUUAAUAGAGAGAGAAUAGGGUUGGUGGAAUCAUAUUUGUUUCUGGUUGUAGAGGGUAUCCAUCAUAUCGUUGUUUGUAAUCUUCAUCUUUGCUUAUGUUUGGAUUUAUUUACACGCUACACUUCUGUAAAUCAAGUUGUAAGUUUGUUUAAACAUUUAUUAUUAAAUAAAGUCAAGUUAUUGUUGUCCUAAA